AUGCUCAUGACUAUACUGCGUUAUUUAGCUGGUGGUUCGUAUCUUGAUAUUCGCCGUACUGUGGGAAUUAGUGGAUCUUCUUACUACCGUGUCAUUAACGAGACAAUGUUCGCGAUUUUCGGUCUACGAGAAUUGAAAAUCGUAUUUCCUGAUUCUGAAUCGGACAGAGAGGUUGUGAUGAACGACUUUGAGGCUAUCAGCUCCAGUGGAAUAAUAAGCGGUUGUGUCGGUUGCGUAGACGGAUGGCUAUGUGUUAUUAAGGCGCCUUCAGCUGAAGACGCUGGAGACGUAAAUAUUGGACGCUAUUAUAGCGGACACUAUGCAUGUCCUGGUAUCAAUGUGCAGGCCGUGUGCGAUGCGCAUUGUCGCUUCAUAUCUGUGGAUGCCAGCUAUCCAGGAAGUACAAAUGAUGCACGUGAUUUUCGUGGGACUGGUGUGGCGAGAAAUAUCAGCUCAUUUCCUACAGGAAUGUAUAUCAUCGGCGACAAUGCGUAUCCUUACCACGACUCAUUCAAUUUCCAUGCUAGUCAAAUACGAAUCAGAAUUGAAACGGCUUUUGGUCGUUUGACUACAAAAUGGCGGGUAUUUCGAUCUCCUAUCUCACGGAACCUUUCAAAUGCUACCACUACAAUUUACACAGCUAUGGUGCUGCAUAACUACGUGAUUAACAGACGUAUAAUAUCUGAUGCCGACUAUUGUUUAUUUGACGAGUCGAUUCGACCCAUUCGCGUCUCGCAAAGAGUGCAAAUAUUAAAUGACGUUGCCAAUCUCAUGGGUUACAUGUCAAGUGAUCCUGUUGUUGAAGAGGGUAACAGCUACAUGAGAGACUAUAUUGCUCAGCACCUUCGCGCUAAUAACACUGUUCGGCCUCAGUACAGCAUUUCACGCAAUCGGAGUGUAAACAACUAA